AUGGCCACCAAACCCCUCCCCCCCCCCAAAACCUUCACUCCCAUCAUCAUCGGCGUCGCUGACAUCGUCAACCGCUCCACCGCCCCCUCCUCCGCCCUCGAACCCGCCACCCUCAUCACCGCCGCCAUCACCGCCGCCCUCACCGACGCCCUCUCCCCGUCUUACGCCUCCCCCACCUCCCUCCUACCCCUCAUCACCGACCUCUCCGUCAUCAAAACCUGGACCUGGGACUACCCCGACCUCCCCGCCCUCCUCGCGCAAAACCUCCACCUCCCCGAACUCAAACAGAAGCACUACUCCGCCCACGGCGGCAACCAACCCGCCAAGGUCCUCGACGCCGCCGCCCGCCGCAUCGCUGCGGGUAUCUCCUCCGCCGCCAUCGUCUGCGGCGGCGAAGCCCUUGCCUCCUUGUCCGCCUGUGCCGCCGCUGGGAAGCUGCCGCCUGACGGCUGGAGCGAGCCGGCCACACCGAUCGACGCGGUAUUUUCACCGACGACGCGGGAACUGGGCGCGGACGUCGGGGCCCAUCACAAUAUCGGGGCCCCGAUCCACAUCUAUCCGCUGUAUGAGAAUGGGUUUCGGGCACGACGGGGGCAGGGAGUGCGGGAUAACCAUCAGGAGAGCGCGAGGGUGUAUGGGGAAUUUGCGGGGGUGGCAGAGGGGACGGAGUAUGCAUGGGGAAAGGGGAAGAAGGUGACGAUGGGGGACAUCGAGACAGUGGGGGGAAAGAAUCGGAUGAUCUGCUUCCCGUAUCCGUUGCUGAUGAAUGCGUUUAACACGGUGAAUUUGGCGGCCGCGGCGCUAUUGACGAAUACGGAGGUAGCGACGCGCAUGGGGAUCCCGGAGGAACGGUGGAUUUAUCCACUCGGUGGCGCGGGGACGGCGGACGCGGGGGAGUUUUGGAAGCGCCCGGACUAUCAUUCGUCGCCGUGUUUGACGCGGAGCCUGGACGCAGCGCUAUCGGUGUCCGGUCUACGCACCGACGACGUCGACCUGUAUGAUUUCUACAGCUGCUUCCCGAUCGUGCCGAAGCUGGCGGCGCAGCAUCUAGGGCUGCCGUUCUACGGUGGGGAGAAGAAGCUGACGCUGCUGGGCGGGUUGACGAGUUUUGGGGGGGCAGGGAAUAAUUACAGUAUGCAUGCGAUCACGGAAAUGACGCGGCAGUUGCGCGACCGGAAGGCGAAGAAGGGGGGUGCGAAUGGGUUGAUUUUGGCGAAUGGUGGGUGGUUGACGUAUCAGUAUGUCGUCUGCUUGGGGACGAAGCCGAGGAAGGAUGGGGGCGCGUAUCCGUUGGAGGACGUAUUACCGGAGGUGAUUACGGAUGUGGCUGUUCCGGAGAUCGCAGAGGUCGCGGAGGGCGAGGCGGUCGUUGAGACAUACACCGUCGAAUUCAGCCGAGACGGUUCACCCGAACGGGGCCAUGUCGUCGGCAGGUUAACGAGCAACGGCAAGCGGUUCCUUGCGAAUCAUGCCGAUGCAAGGACGCUGAAGGAGCUGGCGAGCUGGGAGAAGGAGCCGAUUGGAAGGUCGGGGUGGGUGUGGCAGGCGAAGGACGAUCCGCAGAGGAACAUCUUCAGCUUUGAGUCGAGACCGCAGCUGUAG